GCGUCUUGCCAUUUCCAUCAUUUCGCAUGUUUCAACAUCCAGAGCGGCGGCGCGGUGUAAAUGGCAUCCAGGGCGGUGGUCAAGUUGGCGGCUGGGGAAAAGAUGGGGCUAGACCUGCUGGCGACGGAGAGCGUUUCGGUGCUCGCGAUGGACGGUUCAAUAGUGGUGAAUGACCAGACGUCCCAAAGUCCGAUGGCGUCGUCUCCCGGGGGGGGGACGGGGAAGACGUCGGGCGCGUUCUGAUCCGUGUGUCGUCGCGCUGCCCUCGCCGUCCGCCUCCGCAUCCAGCUCACCUCAAUCACCCCCAACCAAUACGGUCUAUGACCCGAUUACCACGAAGUACGUGUCUUCCUAGCGUCCUAUGUAUUUG